GGGUCGGUCAGCUGACGCUAGCUCUCAGCAGGACCGACGGUUUCCCAGCGGCAGAGACGAUCUGACGGUCGGCCAGGAUGCCUUUCUCCGAGCUGUACUUUAACGUCGAUAACGGCUACCUGGAGGGGCUGGUCAGGGGGUUCAAGGCUGGAAUACUGUCGCAGGCCGAUUACUUAAACCUGGUUCAAUGUGAGACUCUGGAAGACCUGAAGCUCCAUCUGCAGAGCACAGACUAUGGCAGCUUCCUCGCUAACGAGGCAUCGCCGCUCACUGUGUCGGUCAUCGACGACAAGCUGAAGGAGAAGAUGGUGGUGGAGUUCCGCCACAUGAGGAACCAGUCGUACGAACCUCUGGCCAGCUUCAUGGAUUUUAUCACGUACAGCUAUAUGAUUGAUAAUGUCAUCCUGCUGAUCACGGGCACCCUGCACCAGAGGGCCAUUUCUGAGCUCGUACCAAAGUGUCAUCCACUGGGCAGCUUUGAGCAGAUGGAGGCGGUCAACAUUGCUCAAACCCCCGCUGAGCUCUACAACGCCAUCCUGGUGGAUACACCUCUGGCUGCGUUCUUCCAGGAUUGUAUAUCUGAGCAGGACUUGGAUGAAAUGAACAUUGAAAUUAUUCGUAACACACUUUACAAGGCUUACCUGGAGGCUUUCUAUAAGUUCUGUUCUAACCUGGGAGGAACGACCGCGGACACCAUGUGUCCAAUCCUAGAGUUUGAGGCUGACAGAAGAGCUUUCAUCAUCACCAUCAACUCAUUCGGUACAGAGUUGUCCAAAGAAGACCGAGCCAAGCUCUUCCCUCACUGCGGCAAGCUUUAUCCGGAAGGUCUGGCCCAACUGGCUCGUGCCGAUGACUACGAGCAGGUCAAGGCUGUCGCUGAUUAUUAUCCUGAAUACAAGCUGCUGUUCGAAGGCGCCGGGAGCAACCCAGGAGAUAAAACCCUGGAGGACCGCUUCUUUGAGCAUGAGGUGAAACUGAACAAGCUGGCCUUCCUCAACCAGUUCCACUUCAGUGUCUUCUACGCUUACGUCAAGCUGAAGGAGCAGGAGUGCAGGAACAUCGUGUGGAUCGCAGAGUGCAUCGCCCAGCGACACCGCGCCAAAAUCGACAACUACAUUCCAAUAUUCUGAGCUUGUCGAUCCACCCGCUCUUCCCACCUUCUUCCCUCUAUCAUUUCAUGCGGUCUCUUGUCUCUAGUCAUUGUCUGGUGGUAAAGAACCUAAAACCUGGAUCCAGAAUUGGCUCUCAGUCGGUUUUCUAUGUGGUGAAUUCUGUGCUUUAAGGAAUCACCUGAGUGUUGUUCGGCAGAGGGAUUCGGUCCCUGUUUUGAACCUAUUUGACUUUCAAACACUCGUGUGAUUGUUUAGACUUUUCCGAGCUCCGGGUGCUCCAGACGGCACGCCAUGUCCUCCUGAUCCUCCAUCUGGUCAAAUAAACUCAAGCUGAUAUUUGCAAUUUAUUAAAACCAGGAUCAAACUGGCACACUUGAGCUUGGGGAAGCUUUUGAUUUCUCUUUCUUCUAGUUAACCAAUGACAAGAUGGCUUUAACUGAAAGUUUUCACCUUACAUCUUAUAACAUUAUAAAAAAGAAAAAGAAAACAUUAUAUACAAAUCUGAAUCCUUAUUCAGCUCAAAGCAGAUGUACAUGGAAGCAUUCCUUUACUCUGUCGAGAUGUCGGAGUUCUUAUUUAUUUUCUGUAUGUUCGCAUGUCUGGUAAUUACUGUCUUUCCCUAACAGAAAUAAUGAGUGACACGAAUGAGUCUGAUUAACUGUUCAAAUAGAUUGUGAAAUAUUAAAAUAAGAGCUGAGCUGUAGCUUAAGUCGUCGCUGUCACUCCUCCCUCCUGUGUUUCUGGAUUAAACCGUCUUGUGGGUAUAAAAAAUGUUUAAACUUUACAAGAUAUAUAUAGAUAUUUAAAGAAAUGAUUUUGUGUUCUAAUGCUGUAUAAAAGUUGAUUUAUUAAUGUUUGGAUAUGUUGUGAAAUGUGCAUUGUAAAUGUGACAAUAAACAGACUGAACAGCUGUGGUCUGAAGAAGUGAAA